GCGCCUGUCGGUUGCUAUGGUGAAGCUACAGCUGCUGGGAGAUGACGUCACGGAGCGGCUGGGGAAGCGGGUUUUAAACAAGUGUUGGGUUUUUGCGUCUGAACACAGAACAGAUCCUGGCAGGCUGUUUGUGUUACCUCUAUGGCGCUUCCCCAUCAGUACAACCCCAAGGACUCCUCACUUCUCAGCGGUAUAGAACCUCUCCCACUCUCAUCACCAACAUCUCCUCUCCAGCAUGUCUCUCGCAGCCCCUCUCCUACCCCUGCUCUCUCCUUCCCAUCAGCCUCCAGUCUGAGACCCGCCGCCUUCUCAGAGGUGACCUCCCAGCCGUAUGACUCCCUGCGGAGCAGCAAGGAGAUGGAGAGUCAGGACAUGGAUUUCUUACUGGGGAACGCUGCUGCUCUCACCCACAAUCCCACCCACGUGACUUACAUGGACCAGCUGGCCGAGGAGAUGUCCCAUAAAUUACAAGAAGGAGUAGAGGCUUCAAGUACAAAGGGGGUCUCUUACAUCUCUCAGAUGGAGUCUCUUCGCUCGUACCUGCAGAACAUGCGGAGUCUGAACUACAGUGACACCCAGCAUUCCCGCCGUUUCGGUGAUAAGGUGGAGGAGCAAAGUGAUACCACAAGCACCCUGCUGAAUGCCUGGGCAGUUCCACCCACUCUGUCCCUGUCUGGCUUGGAGGGGCUGUUUCCUCGCUACGCAUCUCUGUAUAAAUCAGGUCCGGCUCUUCCUGACCUACAGCUCAGAGACGCCUUGGAGAGAGAGACAACACGACGGAAGCAUCUGGAGCGUCACAUUCAGAACCUGCAGAAUGAGAUGCUGGAGAUACAGCAGAGACUGACUGUCACCCUGACAGCCGACCGCAGGAAGGACACUAUGAUCCAACAGCUGGACCAGACCUUGGCGGUGGUGGUGGGAGGAUGGAAACAACAGGAGCAGAAGAAAGAGGAGACUCUGCAGCAGCUGUGCAGGCAAAAAGAAGAAGCUGAGCAGGCCAGAGCCAUGGACAUGCAGAUGUUGGCUCAGGUGAGCCAGGAGCUGGGCCAGGCACAAGAGGCUCUUGCCAAAGAGAAGCAGAUCUCAGCCGAGGCUCAGGAAGAGGCCCAAAAACUGGUAGAAGAGAAGGAGGCUUUGGUUACCCAGUUUCAGACUGAGAAAGAAAGAGAGCGAGACAUCCAUGCCGAAGAACGCAGGGAGCUGGACACUCUAAAGAGACAGAUGAAAGAACAGCAGAGCGAGUGGCUGGAGCGGGAGAGAGAGCUACAGGAGCAGUGCCAGAGACUGCAAGAGGAGAAGAACAGAGAGCUGGAGAGUGAGCGAGCGCUGGUUCAGCAAGAAUCGCAGAAGUCCCAGCAGUGGCAGCUCGCCCUCGCUACUCUGCAGGGAGAGGUCCUACGUCUGGAGAGAGAUUUGCAGGCCUCACACAGGGAGAGGGACACUCUGCAGAUGGAGCUUAACCUUGAGAAGGCACGUAGCGAGUCAGAGCGGGUGCGUCUAGAAAGCGAGCAUAAGGUGAGCUUGGAAGAGGCCAUCAUCGAGAGGCUUAGUGUUGUCCAUGAGGAGAGUGCCCAACACCUGAGUGUUGUGAGAGAGCAGCACAGGAGGCAGCUGUUAGACCUCACCUCACAGCACGAGACUGAACUCUCUGCCCAGCUGUCUCGGUUUAAGUCAGACUUACAGGGACGUGAGAGGCGCCACCGAGACAUCACCAUGGAGUAUGAACAUAAACUGUCUCACUCUGAGGAGAAGGCCCAGGAGAUGUCUCUGGCACUCAAUCGGCUGGAACGUGAGAGAGCAGAGAUGCUGGCACAGCUACAGGAGGUUAUGAAGAGUCAUUGGAGCCAAGCGCUGAGGGUUCUAACAUCAAAGGACUCUGUAUCGUCUCUACAAGUCCCUCUCCAGCCAGUCGUUCCAGGAGCCCCAGAGGUGCCAUGGAGUGGGCUCAGAGAGGCAGCUGGAGGGCACAGCCAAAACAAAGGGGAAGAGCUCCCUCUAAGGAGAAGCCAUAGCUCACAUGGGCAUGGGCAAAGCUUACAUAAACUGGAAAGCAUCGAGCUGAAGGACAGCUUCAAACAGAUUAUAGGAGACAAAAGCCUGGCCAGUAGUCAGACAGAUUCAAAUCAACAUAUGCAGAACAGCAGCCAGUUUUAUAGCACUAGCCAAAUGCAGGUAGCAAACAGUGAAUUAAUGGGCAAUAGUCAUCCAAAGACCCCAUUAAGCCUCAGUGAUAGCCAGCAGUUAAUGGGACUUGGCCAUAAGGAUGGAAGCCAUUUAAUCAGUCAACAGAGCGAAAGCAAAGCAAAAGCGAUAAGAGAUCCCAGAAGCCAAUCAGCAGUAGCAGAUGGUAGCCUCUUCGGUAGCCAGCCGCUGAUAACUGUUGACACAAGUAGCCAAAAUAUGUUUGCCGAGAGCUUGUUCAAAGGCUCAAGCCAUCAGCCUGUAAUUGGUAAAAGCCACUCGGAUGUAGAUCUCCUGGAGCCAAGGGGCCAUGAUACUGCCAGCAGAAGCCACACUGGAGACCAUUCUAUUUUCUUGAGUAGCCAAGAGGUUAUAGACUCCAGAAACCAGUAUAUUAAAGAUAUCACUGGCCAAAAUGAUGGUAAAGGCCACCAAACUGUUAUAGGGACCUCUCAGUCCAGUUUCCACCCAGUCUCACUAUCCAAGGAAUCAGGCAGUGGCUCCAGGCAGGAGUCCCAACACCAUCCUACCUACCAACCAGCAGAGGCCUUUUACCUGCCCAAUUACAGGGAGGCAGACGACAGCUUCUACCCACUGCAAAUGGAGGAGCUGAGCCACAGCUUAAGUAGCCACCUGGGCUUCUUCCCUCUAGAGCCACAUCAGGAUCAGACGACAAUGGAAAGGGCCUCAGAAAGCCUCCUGCAGGACUCGUCAAAACAGUCCUACCCAGAGGAACUGUUGCUGAUGUUUGGGCCAGCAAAAAUGAAUUCCCUGGAUACCACCCCGAAUUGGGAGCUAAAUAAGGAAGAGGCCCCCUCAAACUCCCAAUUACAGUACUAUAUACGCAUGCUGUUAGACCGCACCCCUGGGGAUCCACUUAAGGAGGACACAGACAAAGAACCCACACAUCCGAACAUUGAAAUGUCUGACCUCUCUCAUCUCCUAAAUAUUCAUCCCUCCGUGUCUCUGUACGGCCAAGGCCGGCCCAGCCAGCAGCCCCAGGGCUGUACAGAAAAGAAAGUGGAUGUGCCCAGGAUAGCAGCCAAUCAUUUAAAAAACCCAGAAGGCAAAAUGCCAGAGGCAGUAAAGAAAGAGGUGUUACCGACUCAGCGACGCACGGCUCCUUCUAGGGGGAUGAAGAGGUUGACGGCGAGGGGCGGACGUGGGGGAAUAUGGCGAUAGACCAGCAGGGAUGCUCUCAAGAAACUGUCAGUUUGUCUUCUGUGGAUAUGACAAAUGUGUGUAUUUAUAGCAAAAAUGCGGGGGGGGAACAACAUAUUAUCAACAUAUAGACUUAACAGCUGCCCUGCAGUCUCAUUGGUUCAGUCUGCCGAUGGUAUUGUGCAAAAUCGUGAUCCAGCAUUGGAGCAACUGCUUCCUCUUUGGCUAGUGACCUCCAACAUAUAAAGUUUGUUCAGAGGGCCAAGAACAGGCAGCUAGACAGUCAAUGGCAAAUGCACGACCGACGUCUACACUGGCAAGACCGUAACUUCAUCUACAGUUGCUGCAUCUUCUAGAUCAGUGAUCCCCAACCAGUAGCUCAUGAGCAACAUGAUGCUCACCACCCACUUGGAUGUUGAUUCCACUGGCCUAAAACAGAUGCUUAUUUUUGAAUUCGGAAAUUUGAGGAAAUAUUUGGAUGCAUAGAAACAAGAUGUACUGCCAAAUACAGCCUCCUGUAGGCUGCCAGUCCACAUAGGGGCUACCAAAGAGCCAAUCACGACCCUUAUUUGUCAGCCCAGGGACUUUUAUCAUGUUGUGUUGCUCUACAAUUCUUUUUUACAUUUGAGUGUGGCUCAUGGGUGAUAAAGGUUGAGGAGCCCUGUUGUAGAUAAUCUUGAAUAAGGAGACUGUAUCAUGUUUGGAUACAGGAUCUGACUUGAGGAGUCACACUGCUGGAGCUAAACACAGAGGCAUUGAAGCUGAUGUCAGAGGGGCAGUUUUCCUGCAGGAAGACAACAACACAUGGAUCCCUGGGGCAAGUCCAAUAGCCGUGGGCAGCAAAUCUCAUGUGCAUGCUGGAGUGUCAGCAGGAACAGCCUAAGGUCUCUCCCAUUGAACCAAGCCAGUUUCCUGAGCUGGGAAGUGCUGAGCAAGCUUAAAGUGAUCAGAUUAAACAGGCAGGUUUUGCCACAGAUGGGGAAUUGUGCCAAGUUAACACAUAUAUUUAAUUCCUUCAAAGGACAAUAUAUAUUACGCCAGAACCCACCUUUUUUUGUGGAAACAAAUCUUAUAAAAGCCAAUUAAAGCAUGCAGCAGUCGCUUAAAGUAGAAUAAAACGUUAACAAUAACCCUAUGACCCCUCACAGAACCUCACUACUGUAGGACCAGAUUCUCCUGCUUUUCACAUGGUUUCAACUAUCAGUGCUACUGGUCUGCAGUCGCUAAGAAGAGACCGGUGCUAAAACCCUCUGCCCUUCUCUGUCUCUUGUGAACAGAAAGUGUUUAUGAUUUGGGGUUUGCAAUGGUGCAGUUUGGGAGAGGGAGGGUAGUUUUGUUUUUUGUUUUUUCUUUAAAGUCAAUAAUGAAUGUAUAGCUAUUUAAUGCUCUUUGUAAUUGACUUGCUUCCUUGGUCACUGACACAUACUGUGGCCUUGUUACAGCAGUAACAUCCCAUGGCAUUAUUUAACGCCACUAACACGUUAUUAUAGAAGUGCUGGGCAGUGCGUUUGUUUUCAUAUGGUGUCUUUGUCUUAUUUAUUGUUACUUAUUUAUAUAUUAAAUACCCUUUUUACAUAAAA